AUGCAGCUUGUCACGUACUCGCACAAUACAUUCGCGAAAUGGUUUGUCAGUUAUAUUUGCACAUUUAACAGGUCAUUGGUGUUCCCAUUAAUUUCUUAAGAAAAAUCUCAGCAUUUUGAAAACCCACCAAUUUUACAAAUAAUGAGCGAUGAAUUUAAACUGCCAAAACGCUCGAGAAAACGUUUGCGUGAGGUGAAACGAAAAGCACGUCCCGAAUUGGGUGACAAAGAGGCGUGGACGGCGUUGCGCUAUUAUGAAAAUUUCCAAGAAUUCCGCACGUUUACAGAUAAUGCUGAACGCAUUAAUGAGAAAAUUGUUUCCUGCGAGGAAUUUAUACAGCGCUUCGAGCGACCAUAUAAGCCAGUAGUGAUUGAAGGAUGCCAAGAGGGUUGGCUGGCACUGGAAAAAUGGACAAUGCCUCGUCUAUCAAAAAAAUAUCGUAAUCAAAAAUUUAAAUGUGGUGAAGAUAAUGAAGGAUAUAGUGUUAAGAUGAAAAUGAAGUAUUAUAUUGAAUAUAUGCAAGCAACUCAGGACGAUAGUCCAUUAUACAUAUUUGAUAGUAGCUUCGGUGAACAUCAUCGCCGCCGUAAACUAUUGGAAGAUUAUACAAUACCGAAAUAUUUUCGUGAUGAUCUCUUUAAGUAUUGUGGUGAAGAACGCAGACCGCCAUAUCGUUGGUUUGUGAUGGGACCCGCACGUUCAGGCACUGGCAUACAUAUUGAUCCAUUAGGGACGAGUGCUUGGAAUGCUUUAGUGCGCGGACAUAAACGGUGGUGUUUAUUUCCAACGCAAACACCUAAAGAAUUGCUGAAGGUUCCCGGUGCUGUAGGUGGAAAGCAACGUGAUGAAGCCAUCACGUGGUUCAGUACCAUAUACCCACGUACAAAACAAAUUGAUUGGCCAAAAGAAUAUGCACCUAUUGAAAUAUUACAAGGUCCUGGUGAAACAGUAUUUGUGCCUGGCGGCUGGUGGCAUGUGGUACUCAAUUUAGAUGAUACAAUAGCAGUUACACAAAACUUUAGUAGUCGCACGAAUUUUCCAGUUGUUUGGCAUAAGACUGUGCGUGGCAGACCGAAGUUAUCGCGUAAAUGGUUGCGAGUGUUACGAGAAAAAGAACCUGAAUUAGCUAAAAUCGCUGAAGGUAUUAAUAUCGAUCAAAGUACUGGAUUUGCUUCAGAUAGUUCAAGCAAUUCGAGUUCGUCGUCAAGUUCCUCGUCUUCUUCAGACAGCGAAGGCGGCGAUGGUAGUUGCGAUAGUUGCUCCAACACCGACAGUGGGCAAGAGAGUCUUACAGCUAAAAAGAAGAAAAAACGACGCAUGGGUGGUGGUGCGAUGGGUGCCAAUUCAUGAUGUUCAAAGUGUUUUGUUGCUCAUGAGUCCGGUUCUGGUACAGAUCUCGGCUUAGCAAAGCUGUUAGAGAACCGACUCAAAUUGCGACUCUACACUAAAAGUUAACAUUUGUAGAUAUUUAACGGGCCAAUGAUUAAAAUAUAAAACACUAUCAGAAUCUUACACUACUCCUCUGGCUUCAUAGACAUAGAAAUUCGUAAUAACUGAAACUAUUUUGAAUAUUUUAUUAUACAAUAUUUAAACUCACCACUGUUACAAUAGUUAAUUAAAAUAACUUAAUGCCAAUUUUAAUUUAAAGAAAAUAGAACUGAAUAAAUUUAAUUAUUUAUAAUGAACUAC